AUGGCCGAUGAAGCAACCCCCAACCUCCCAGCCCACCGCAUCCCCACAGACCGAGACACAAAUUCCCCGUUCUGGACCGAGACCCUUCCCCCUCUCGAGGAACAUACAAAAAGGCUCUUUACAGAAUACGCAAAGAUCCCAGAAGAUAAGCUCCAAGACCAUCUCGAAGAAGCACGCAGAAAGGCAUGGAACGACUGCCCCUACCCAUGCAUAGGCCUCUGGCUCUUCCUCAAGCUGCAGCUCCGAAACAACAAGGAAUUCGACGAGGCCGUGUGGCGUACGCAACGAGGCGAGAACCUCGUCGACUUUGGAUGCGCCGUUGGUCAGGAUCUACGUAGUCUGGUGCGUCUAUCCUUUCCUCUCCCGCCUGACGUCUUACACUCCACGCACCCUCACCAUCAACUCCACAAGAACGCCAUACAAUACCAUGAAACCAUCCCGACCAGCAAUCAACUAACAACUCCCCAGGUCCACGCAGGUUCGCCCCCACAAUCCCUCCACGGCAUAGACCUAACUUCCUCCUUCUUCUCCGCCGGCAAAUCACUCUUCAACGACCCUCACACCCCAAUCACAUUCCUCCAAGCAAACGCCCUCUCCCCGCCCUCGACCCUCCCCCCCUCCUGGCGUAACAACUUCACCAUCAUCACAGCAAACUACGUCCAGCACUGCUUCAGCCUACAAGACCAAGAAACCUACGCCGCCUUCCUGCUAGCUUUACUCUCGGGGAAAUCAAACGACUUGAUUUUCGGCCGCACAGCGGGCACGACGGAAGGCGAGGCGCGGAGGGAGGAGAUGCACAAGGGCCAGAGGCUGUAUCGGCACACGGAAGCGAGUUUUGUCGAGUUUUGGACGAGGGUGGCGGCGCAACAUGGGAGGAGAGCGAGGGUUGAGACGUGGGUUGAUGAGGUUCCUGCUUUUGAGCUCAGGGGCGAGGGGAUGGAGAGGUUUGAACCUGUCAAGAAUCUCAUGUAUUCGAUUCGGUUUGAGUGA